UCUCCGUGCUAGAGAUCCCUUCGCCUAUCCCCUCUCUGGCUGCCACGGGUUUCCCCCACCAAUAGGUCGAAGAGGCGAGCGCACAGCUGCCACACUGUGAAGUGCGAGGACUGGAGAGACGCGCAGCGACGCCGUUAUCGUCUAGCCGGUCGUUUGGACUAACCUACAAAACUGUCGUGGAAAGAAGAAAGGGGGGUCGAGAGAGAAAGAAGGAAAGAAGAAAGCCGACCGUGAGAGGGAGAGGGAGAAAGAGAGUGGCCGGCGUGCGUUUCUCGUGUUUUCCGGUUCUCGCGGUGACUCGCGUCUUAUCAAUCGUGGGUGCUGUUACCGCGUCGAAAGCCGGUCCUCAAGUCGCGCGGCUCGUCGUUCCUGUCAUCACGACUCGCCGUUCGUUUCUUUCAGUUACUUCGUAUGCGCAGGCAAAAGUCAGCGACAGCCUGUUCGAAUACCGGCGUAGCAGAGAGACCCUUUGUCUCGAAGAGUCGGCUUGUUCGAGUUGGCCGAUGUGUGCGGUUCUAAUUCGCGAAUAUUAGCCGGUCCUGGUUGCUGUGUUUUGGCGGUACUGUGAUUUAGGUACCGAGAGAGGCAGCCCGUAACGCACGGUCGCGCGUCAUCGUGGCCCACCGACGCGACAUCCUCGUCGUUUGGUUAUAUUCGUAUCGUCACGACCUUGAACUUGUGCGUCUAUAUAUCGUAUCGAGUGGUUGUGUGUGGUUCGUUUAACCUGUGACGUCGAGACAUAGUGCGAGGAGAAGGUAAAAGAGAAGGUACACCGAGAAGAAUCUACCGGUUGAGAACCGAACGACGACAAGGAUCCUGGAAGCGACCGCGUCCAACAAUGUUUCCCUAUACGACAUUCCCGGCAGUAGGGCUUUCCACGAUUCUUCUCGGGGAAGAGGAUCAGAGGAAAGAGGGGAAAAUGAGUUAGAGAGACAGACAAAGGCGCAGAGCAGCAACGGGCCGGGCUACACACGAGACCGAGCACGAGCCUUUUCACCCGAGAACCCCUGUUCCGUCUCUCUUUUUUUCAAGGAUGCAAGUACGAAUCCUGGUCGCCGGUCCUGGUGAACCGACGUUGGACCACCAGGUGCGAACACGAACGACGGACCAACGGUGACCGGGACCCGGUGCUGUAUUGUCUCUCCGCCGGCAUGGAGGCGGCGAACGGUGCGAUCGAACACGAUUUUCACAAUGCCCUGGUGCCUAUAAACGGUAGCCAUUCCGGCAGUUCCGGCAGGAGUACACCGAAUGGCGGCGACCCGGCACCUGGCAAACUCUUCGUCGGUGGCUUGUCUUGGCAGACCAGCAGCGAGAAGCUCAGGGAAUACUUCGGCAUGUUCGGUACCGUCACCGAUGUCCUGAUCAUGAAGGAUCCGGUUACACAGCGUAGUCGCGGCUUCGGUUUCAUCACGUUCGCCGAGCCCGGUAGCGUGGACAAGGUGCUGAAGUGUCCAAUCCACACAUUGGACGGGAAGAAGAUCGACCCUAAACACGCGACACCGAAGAACCGCGCGAAACAGGCGAAUCGCACGAAGAAGAUCUUUGUCGGCGGCGUAAGUCAGGACACUAGUAGCGACGAAGUGAAGGCCUACUUCAACCAGUUCGGCAAGGUGGAGGAAACGGUGAUGCUGAUGGAUCAACAGACGAAGCGGCAUCGUGGCUUCGGAUUCGUCACGUUCGAGAAUGAGGACGUGGUGGACCGCGUGUGCGAGAUCCACUUCCAUACGAUCAAAAACAAGAAAGUCGAAUGCAAGAAGGCUCAGCCCAAGGAGGCGGUUCAGCCAGGCGCGUUGACCCUCGGCAAGAGGGUGGUUUUGGGAGCGUUGGGCGUUCGACUGGCGCCACAGCCUCCACUGCCGGUUGCCGCGGCCUCGCAGAUCGUUGCGGCUCAGGCGCAGGCCCAAGUGCAAGCUGCCGCGGCCGCGGCUGCGGCUGCCCAGGUACAAAACGCCGUCGCCGGAUACGGGAAGCUGUUCGCCAGCAGUUACCCGGCGUUGUCCGCGUAUCGAUACGCGCCAUAUCCAAUCCCGGCGGCGGCGGUCGCCGCAGCCGCGGCCGCAGCAGCGCCGGCCCCAGCUCCGGCUCCACCGGCAGCCGCCGCCGCCGCAGCUGCCGCGGCAGCAGCCACUCCUGCAGCGGCUGCCGCGGCUGCGGCUGCGCCCGCCAAUCCCUACCAGGGAUACUCGCUCACCAACGUCGACAUGUCCAGCUUCCAGGGCGUCGACUGGGGUUCCAUGUAUGGAAUGGGCAUGUACGUUUAAACGCCGUUGCUUCGGUCGUCUUUCACCCAACGUCGGCUCUGCGACCUGAAAUCUUGCGGCGAUCGAGUCUCUGCUGACUCUUCCUCGCGACGCAGAUGUCUUCGUUCCUUCAGAUGAUUCUCGGUUUCUUUUCCUCUUUCUCGCCGAUUCAAUACUUCUCUGGCUGCCACUUUGAAAAAUGCUUCGCAUUUGAGUCAGCGCGAAAACUUUCGCCAUCGUCUUCCCGUUGAACGAAUAAAAAUGUCUGCUGUCCUUUGUGUAAUCGGUUACCAGUUCUACAUUUCUUUUUGCUUUUGUCACGUAUUUGCGUUACGUGUUAGAUAUACCGAGAAUUUAUACGUUGAGAAGGAUGAGUCGUAGAAAGCGAUUCGAGAGAAAGAAACGAGAAAAAAGCGGAUACGGACAUAAACUCGAAAGGGUCGCAGAGUCCGAGGUGGUGUCCCCGACUAGGGCGUGAGGACUUCCCAGCCCAAAAACCGAAGACAUUUUUCUUGCGUUUACUACUCGUCGUUAUCGCUUGCCGAUUAAUUUAUUAGCGAGAGAAUGUGAGAGGCAGCGAGGACGAGAGGCAGAACAAUUGUAUGUAUGUGUGCAUAUGUAAAAGAGAAACAAGUCGCGCGUAAUUCGAUCGCAUCGCAUAUUUUGUUGCGAUAACCUUGCAUCCUUCGUUCGCGAAUUUUCGUAUAUAUUUUUCUUUUCCUUUCCUAUUUCCUUCAUUUUCAAUUUCUUUGAUUUCGUCCAUCGUAAUUGUUUCACGCGUUCCACGAUAUUCUCGCCACACAUUCGGUUCCUAGUUAGAUUAGCAUGGUCCCUGCUACGCGCGACGUUGUUCAACCGCGCUCGCUCGUAUGCUAAUUAAUUACUUAAUUAUUUAAACGAUAUAGGCGGUCAUUUCGCGACCGUUCCACUCUCAAGGAUCUCGACCACGAAGCAAUAAAACAGGGGAGGUAGAAUGAGAAACAGAGAGAAAGAGGACGAGACAUUUGGAUGUGUUACACCGUGAACGAACGACCUCGCGAGCCCGAUUACUCACUGGAUUCGUUCGCUUUGCUUUUCUUUUCGACGUUUCUUUCGUCGGUUCUAUCCUAUAUCCUAUUUUGUCGAUUUGCAAAAAAUCACGGGGCGACGUUGUUGGCAAACCCGAACGAAAGCACGUGGAAAAGGAACGCUCCACGUUGUAAAGGGCGACACGAUCGCGGUCCGCGACACCCCUUUCUUCCGCUCCAGAGAACGAGGCAGUUCUCCUGUUUGUCGCGCGACAUACUCCUCCGCCUCGGUCAAAGUGCCAAACGAAGCAUAUGUGGAAACGUUCUAGCUGUUCGUCUGUCUAUUUCUCUCUUCGCCCAUCCGUUUGUCAGCUUUCGUCGCGAUCUCGGCUAACUUUUCUCUUCCCUUUUUUUGCCCUUUUUUUCUCUUGUUUUGUCUCCGUUUUAGUUGCUGCGCGCUUUCGUUCGGUGAACGACUGUUCGCGCGUUCGGUCACACGGUCGCAAACGCGCACGGUCAACCACGCGUACACGUAGAGAGAAAAAGCAGGCGUGCGAAACAGGCGUUACACGGGACGCGUUUAAAUAAGAUAGCGCAUAGGUAUACAUAUAUUUUUCUUCGAGUAACGGAAGACAAUAUUUCUCCAUCGCGCGAGUAGCACGAGCAACCCGCGAUUCAACCGCGAUAUACAGAGAAAGGGAAGGAGAAAAGAGAAAAGAAAACACAUUUCUGAGGGAUACUCGUUUCUAGGUGUACUAGAGUCGCGAGCAACGCGACCAAGAUAACAGGAACCCAAGAUUGAGAUUAGCUCAGCGUUAAUUAAGCGAUCCUAGUUGUAAGUUUCAAGCAGAUUAAGACUAGAAUUUUAAGGAGUUCGAAACAAAACGAGUCGAUACUUAAUUUAUACCUAUCCGUAGGCGUCACGCUGUUCUCGUUUUCGCGACCAGGAAUCGAUCGAGGCGGCUGCUUCCGCGGCUCGAUCUUCCGCCGCUUUCGAUCGACUCGCACCUUUCCAUCGGUGUAUUCGUCUCGCGUCUCUUUGUCAUCGAUCCUUCGCUCUCUGACCAACUUUUUUUCGUUCGUGAAAAUUUGUUUCUUUUCCCUUUCACCUCAUUCUCCCUUUGCUCUUCCGCCUUUCUUUCCUUUUUCUAUCGACGCUAUCACGAACGACCAUUUUCCUCGACAAUUGAUAAAAUAUCAUUUUUGUCACAUUUAUAGGAACAUGUAGUAAACUGAGAUAGUUGAUUUUUCUCGAAUCUCUAAAUAAUGGUAGAGAUACGUCAAUGCUUAAUUCUCACGUGGCGUCACCCGGAUGCCGUAGCGUUAAAAAUACUACGUCGAGUGGAUAUUGUCGAUGCAGAAACGCGAAGGAUCGACCGAGCAGACGAGACAACAGACGAGUCUCCGCAAAGACUUGGAUUGACGAUCGCGAUCUGCGAUUCUUCUAUUUAUUUAUGAUACCGUUCUAAUUCGCGAACGAUUGGGCGGAAGAUGGUCGGACGAAACGGUCCCGCGCAUGCAGACGUCACGAUUCGCCGCUAGCAAACGACGAGAGAAAGAGAGAGAGAGAGAGAGAGAGAGAGAGAGAGAGAGUGGUCGUCGGCGAGAGGAACGCGAUGCCGCGAAACAAAUGUGAGAAACUUCGAGCAAUAAGCGAUCUACUGAAACUGUAAGCUGUGUAUUAUUUAAGUUUAACGAGAUACGAUAAGCGUGACGACACGAAUCGAGUGAGAAAAAGAAAAAAAAGAAAAAAAAAAGGGAGACGAUAAUCUGUACGCGUAAAGAGAUAUUUAAAGGAAAGGGACUCACCGCUCCGGCGAACAAAGAAAAAGAAAAAAAAAGAAAACGGCGCGGCGAAAACGUGUUAUAGCGGAGCGGGAGAAGUUCGAGGAAAGAAUCCUCUUUCAAACGACAAGUAAUAUUCUUUAGUGAUAUAUACUUUAAACAUAUACUUAAUAUGUACCGUAAUAUUAACGACGACAAAGCUCGCGAGUGAUAUUUAUGACUUAUAAGAUGGUACUUAGAUAAAUAAGAAACAAAAAAAAAAUUUGAAAGAGAGAGUGGGAGUGUGAGCACGCGUGAGAGUGUGAGGAAGUAAAAGAGUUAGCGAAUGUAUGGAAGAGAGAGAGUGAGAUAACGGAGCACGCCUUAAUACGAGAAAUCGCGGAAACAGGUACGCGUGCACGCGUGCGCGUAA